UCCUUUGCGGAUCAGUCUGUCGCAAACUACCGAUCAGAAUGGACUUCACCGGUAAAGUAGUGCUAAUUACCGGCGCGAGCGCCGGAAUCGGCGCGUCCUGCGCUAUACAUUUCGCAAAGUUGUCCGCCAAUUUAGCUUUAGUGGGUCGAAAUGUGAAUAAUCUCAAUAAAGUCGCUGAACAGUGUGAAGAAGCGAGCGGAGUCAAGCCUUUGAUAAUCACCGCUGAUAUAAGUGUUGAAGAAAACAUCGCACGCAUUGUCGCUGUAACUAUAGAUACGUAUGGGAAACUCGACGUUUUAGUGAACAACGCUGGACUCCUAAUCAUGGCCGGAGUCAUGGAUGACAUCAAAGCUUUUGAUCGUUUGGUCGCUACGAACAUCCGCGGUCCGUAUCUAUUGACGCAACAAUCCAUCCCGCACUUGAUAGAAACUAAAGGCAACAUAGUUAACGUAUCCAGCAUAAUAUCCUCAGUGCCGAUACCGGCUAUGAUGCCGUACUGUAUGACGAAGGCGGCUCUCGACAUGUUCACCAAAUGCGUGGCCUUAGAACUUGCGGGUAAAGGAGUGAGAGUGAACUCUGUGAAUCCGGGGCCAGUGGAAACUGACUUGUUCAAGCGGGCUGGGUUCGAUGAAGAUGGGCACAAGGGUUUUUUCGCGGGCAUGACCGCUUUGAUGCCCUUGAAAAAAUAUGCUGUAGGUGAUGACGUGGCCAAGCUGGUCGCUUUCCUAGCCAGCGAGAACGCCAGCUGCAUCACCGGAAGUCACCACCAAGUGGACUGCGGCUUACAUCUCGGACAACCACUAAUUGACGAAAAACAGGUGACGACUACAUAAAUGGCGAUUAUUUACGCAUAUAAGUUCGGGGAAAAAUAAAAGGCUCUUAUUUUUAUAUAUAUAUAUAUAUAUAUUGAAUACGAGUGUACAAAUUGCGAGCUUUGUGUAAGAACCAUGUAUUAUUUCAUAUCUCCGAAUAUAAGAUAAUUAUACCUAUAUAUGUGAUUACGAAAUAUUUGUAUACGAUAUAUUUAGCUUACAUUUUAAGUUUGUUACUUCGACUUCGUACGAGUAAAAUUCAUUUCAUAUAAUUUUUCGGGAUAAUUAGUAGCCUGUAUGUUGCUCCAUAAUGUCGUCUAUCUUCCAGUGGAAGUCCCGUUAAAAUCGGCUCAGCCGUUCCAGAGAUUAGACGGACAAACAGAAAGAUAGACAGACAGAUAUUUAAAAAAAAAUAUAUUAUUUUAUUUAUAUUUAUUGAUUAUUGCAAAACAAUAAUAGCGCACUACCAGCUCGGUAAAAUGGUAGGUUAUCAUUGUUAUUUGAUAAAAUGAGUCAGUGAUUUACUUCUGAGAGCAUUAACAAAAACUAUUUUAAUGUAUAAUAUAAAAAUUAAUCGCAAAAUGCGUUGGUAAGCGCAUAACUCAACAACGCCUGGACCAAUUUGGCCAAUUUUUUUUUUAAAUGUUCGUUGAAGUUCUAGGGUUGUUUUAACGGCGACAAAAAUUCGAAUAAUUACCGGAAAACCCAUAAAAAUAGCCCUUUUCUUUUUCCCAUACAAAUGUUUUCAAACUAAAACGUAGUCUAUUUGAGCUUAAUUGUUGUUGUAUAAAGUUCAUAUUAAUAAUAAUUAGAAAACGGUGUACCGGUUGGUAGGGCAGGGUAGGGUAAGGGUUGGGUAGGGGUAGGGUAGGGGUAUGGUAGGGUAGGGUAGGGGGGAGGGUAGGGGUAGUUGAAAGUUUAGUUUCGAGUUUCACGCGGACGAAGUCGCGGGCGUCCGCUAGUAACAAAUAUAUGUGUAUAUUUUUCGUGUUGAAUUUUAGACUUUAUUAAAAAACCGGUAAAAACGGUAAAAAACCACCCUUUCAAGACAAAUGAAUAUAUAAAUUAAUGUAUAUUAACAUAGAUUUGGGAAACAUAUAAUAUGUAAUUAGAUAUAAAAAUCUUGAUUCAUAAUUAAUCUGUAUAACUAAUAUAAAGCAUUAACAAAUAUUUAUGUUGUAAGUUACAGCUAUUUAGUUAUAUAUAUUAUAAAUAUUCAGAACCAAAAAUAAAUUCUUAUACAAAUAUA